AAUGCUGGAUCAAGCUAUGAAAUGGAUGGAGUCAAAAGAAAUAUCCUUCUGUACUCAUGGUGCUGCUGCUAUGUGUUCCCACAAUACCUUUGCACAGGACUUCAUUCUCAGACUGUGAGAUUUUCAUCUCAAGUUGGUAUUCAUAGGGAGCAGCAGUCCAUAUGCCCUCAGAUCAGUGUUGGGGAGGAUCACUUCCCAGGCUUUUAUAUUAUGUCCCAGUUCCAAAUUGCUGAGCUGGCAAGAAGGGGCACUGUUAAAAAGGUUACUGGAACAUCUACUCAGCAUGCUGCUUAUCAAAUAGGCCCAGCAUUCAACUUCAGGAUCAACACAAGAUCAGCUUACCCCUUGGGUCUACCUGAGGAGUUUGCAUUUGUGGCCGUGCUGCGCAUGAGUGGCAGCACCAUCAAUACAAAUUGGAAUAUCUGGCAAAUGCAGGAUGUGAAUGGCAUGGAGCAGCUGGCCGUCAGACUCAACGGGCAGUCUCAGUCUCUGGAGUUCACCUUCACUGCACUGGACACCGGGAGGCAGACUCUUGUGUUCGGCCCCCUGCCUACUCUUUUCAACGACCAGUGGCACAAAGUGGUGCUGCACGUGAACAGGCGCUCUGUAACACUGUUCGUGGACUGUGCCAUGAUCGGUUCUCAGAAUAUACCAGCCCGAAACAAAGUCAGCCUGGAUGGCUUCACGUUGAUAGGAAAGCUCAAGGACAACCCUGUGCUGGCAGUACCGUUUGAACUCCAGUCAAUGCUGAUUCACUGCGACUUGACGCGAACCCGGACAGAGCCUUGUUAUGACCUCCCAGCUAGGACAUCGACGGUUGGGACCGAGGUGCAGAGGAGCCAAGGACCUUCUGGGCCUGCAGGUGUACCGGGAAUUGAUGGCAUUUCUGGGGAAAGGGGAGACGAUGGCGGAGAGGGACUUCAUGGACCUGAUGGAGAUUCAGGUAAACCCGGCUCUACAGGAUUACCUGGACUUCCUGGAAAUGAUGGUUUGACCGGCCCUAUUGGAGAUGCAGGGCCCGAUGGUCCCUUCGGACAGAAAGGUGAACCUGGAAAAUCUGGACCUCGUGGAGCCACUGGUGUUGGGCCAGAUGGACCCCCCGGACCACCUGGGCCUGGAGGACUUUUGGGUGAACUGGGAAAAGUUGGACCACUUGGGUCCAUAGGUGUGAGAGGGCCACAGGGACCUCAUGGACCUACAGGGGCCAGAGGUGCAGCUGGAAUGCAAGGCAGUGCUGACCUGUGUCCAGACUCUUGCCCUCCUGGGACCUCUGGACACCCAGGCCUUCCUGGCAUGAAGGGCCACAAAGGUGUAAAAGGCGAAUCAGGAGAACCUGGGAAACAAGGGCACAAGGGUGAGGAAGGAGACCAGGGUGGAUCAGGGGAGCUCGGAUCACAAGGACCAGCGGGUCCCCAGGGAAUUCGUGGGGCCAUGGGAAUGAUGGGCCACAAGGGAGAGCUGGGAGCUCGGGGUCUUGGUGGAGAUCCAGGUCCCCAGGGUGUUGGGGGGGCAACUGGGGAUCGAGGCCAGAGAGGUGUGAUGGGCGAGCUUGGGCCUAAAGGAGAAACUGGUGUUCUGGGGCUGAGAGGAAUCACAGGUGUUCCUGGUCCAAAGGGAGAUGGUGGCUUGCCCGGUGUGGACGGCCGUGAGGGUAUUCCUGGGAUGCCUGGAGGAAAGGGACUCAUUGGGAAGUCAGGCGUUCCUGGAGAGGUUGGACUUCAGGGGCUUCCUGGUUUGCCUGGUUCCUCUGGACCAAAAGGCUUGAGUGGCUCUAAGGGAGACGCGGGUCAGUCAGGCUUCACAGGAAUAAUGGGACCUGCUGGCAAAGCUGGUGAGCGCGGAACACAGGGGGGGCUUGGACCUAUUGGGCCUAUUGGAGAACCUGGAGCUGUAGGUGUGCAAGGCCCACUAGGUUCAUCGGGCAAGCCAGGUGGCAGGGGAUCCCAAGGUGACCCCGGCCUCCCUGGUCUUCCUGGUCCUCACGGCCUUCCCGGAGUGAAGGGAGAGAGGGGAGAACGUGGAGAUCUAGGAUCCAAAGGAGAUCAGGGAACACAAGGUGAUGAGGGAAACCCUGGAGACAAAGGGGAGCUCGGUGAGGGUGGAGAAGGUGGAGCUAAAGGAGAGACCGGUAACAUAGGCGAUGCUGGCAAAAGAGGACCAGAGGGAAGCAGAGGACAGCCUGGCAUCGAUGGGCCGGCUGGCACACCUGGACCGAGGGGCAUGCAGGGGAACAGGGGCCCCCCUGGAGUGAGAGGGUCCCAGGGUCCUGCGGGUAAAGAGCCGAGCGAUCAGCACAUCAAACAAGUUUGCAUGCGCGUCAUGCAAGAACAGCUGGCACAGUUAGCGGCUAGUUUAAGAAGGCCAGAGUCGGGCGCAGUUGGUUUACCUGGAAAACCUGGUCCUCCAGGGGCCCCUGGCUCUCAAGGAGACAAUGGAUUCCCAGGACAGGGCGGAACAAGAGGCCUUCCAGGACUCAAAGGGCCACAAGGAAUGCUUGGAGUUAAAGGACCCAAAGGUGAACUGGGAGACAGAGGCUCCAGAGGGCCCACUGCUCGAGGACCUAAAGGUCAGCCAGGAGCUUCCGGACUCCCUGGUGAGCCUGGCAAACCUGGCUACGGUCAGGACGGUCGGGACGGGCAAAGAGGACCUCCUGGGAUCCACGGACAGCCCGGCGUUCCUGGGCCUCCCGGGUCAGCCGGUCCUAACGGUUACUGCGACCCGUCAUCCUGCAACCUCCAGCCAGGAGCCCAGCUUGUGGAUGUGAAGGGCCCCGCAGGAAACUAAAGAGCCACUGUGGCAGAGACAGAAAGACUGAUGGAUCAGCUCUCCUGAGCACACAACAUUUUUCACACGUUCUUCCCAGGGCCUGCGGUUUUGUGGUGCCUUCCAUCACUUAACCUCUAGUUUGUGAGCAUGUAUUGUGGCAUCUCCAUCACAAUGAGCCAGCCUCUUCAUAAAAACCUUUCAAUAAUUGUUUUUUAUGUGCCGCAAUAACAGCUUGUGCUGGUGUAUUUUCAGGAAAGUGUUCUUUUCUGAGAAGAUAUGAAAUGACUAGAACUGUUUAUUUAUCCGGCUCUCCUUGUGCCUCUUUGUAAUUGUUUCACAGUUCUCUUAAAUAACAGCCCCUCCACUUUCACAGAACACUUCAAACAACCACCCACAGCUUGUUUGCUUUAAGUGCCUUUUCAACAUGUAGUUCUGUAUAUGCUAAUGUGCCAAAGAUACACUUGAUGAAACCCCUUUUUAAAUAUAAUGUCUACCUGUCUGACUGUCUUCAGCCCCCUUGUUAAAAAUAAAAAGGAGAGAGGAUAAAAAUGUCAUCAAGUCACACUGACUUCACUUUGUUGAAAAUGUUGUAAAUCUGUAAAAAAAAUAAUGUUUGAAUUGUGGUUCAUUAUAUUUCCUACAAAACAACUUGAUGUGUGCAGUCAUGCAUAUAUGGAAAUAUAUUUUAGGGAUGAGGCAGAACCUCAUUAAUGUUACAAAUAAAGAAGACAACACAUGAAGUGUUUAAUUUAUUCUGUAUACUGGUAUCCUUUUGUGAUGAUAUAACGUGUUGUGAUAAAUCCAAGGAAAUGCAAAAUCGAUGUUCUCUAUUGUUUUUUCCAAAACUUAAAAUAAAAAUACUGGAGUUUUAGAUCA